GAAGAGAGAAGUUAAAGAGGGGAGAAACCAUGCUGAAUGCGGGCGCGCAACCCUAUAAACCCGUCGGUAUAAGAGUGAAAGACGCGAGGCUGAGUGAGCAUGCGCCAGUUUAUAAACCGGUGAACACAAGUGGGACAGAAGCCAUGCCGAGUGAAGUUGCGGCACCGCUUCAACCUGUGAAAAGCGACGAACAUUCACUGUUUCUGACUUUUUCAAACGGAUUUCCUUUGUCGGAAAGGCAGAUCUUUGAAUUUUUUAACUGGUCCUACGCACCCGACGUGGAGCGAGCCAUUAUUCCUAAGCCAAAGGGAGGAAGGGGGCCGGCCUUGCACGGGAGAGUGGUGUUCAAGAACACCCACAUCCCCAACUUGGUCAUGGGAAGCAGGGAGAAGGUUUGCCUUUCUAUCGAUGGGCGCCCUGUUUACUGCAGGCGCUUCAAAAGCAAGCAGAGGAAGAGCGCAGCAACCGCGAGUGCUAACCUCGGUGAUGGUGGAAGCCACCCCGGUGGUGAUGCGUGAGCAGGGCUUUUGGACUUGGUGGCCGGUGAAUUUGAAAACCCUUUGUUGCAUCUAUCAUAGGGUUUUCAAUUGAACCGCGUAUGUUAUAGGGGUAAACCCUUUUAUGUUUUCAGCUUAAUGAAUAAAGGAGUGAACGUUCGAUUGUGAGAACGAAUGUUGUAAACUCAUAUCUCUGUUCAGAGAUUCUUUCAAGUAUUGAUAAACUAUUUUGAAUUA